AUGGCUGGGUGCAAAAUUUUCAGUCAUUUGGAUCUCUCCGAUGCGUACUUACAAGUGCAAGUUGAUCAACAGGACCAGCAACUACUAACCGUCAACACCCACAAGGGAUUGUUCCAGUAUACUCGCCUCACUCCCGGUAUCAAGGUAGCACCGGGCGCAUUCCAGCAGCUAAUGGACACUAUGAUAAGUGGACUUAGCGGUACGAGUGGAUACAUGGAUGACAUCCUCAUUGGUGGCCGAACACAAGUAGAGCAUGACCGUAACCUCAACGCCGUACUGCGCCGUCUGGAAGAGUAUGGAUUCACGUUACGGAUUGAGAAGUGUAGCUUCAAUAUGCGACAAGUAAAAUAUUUGGGGCAGAUUAUGGAUGGUGAAGGGAUCAGACCAGAUCCUACCAAAGCUGCGGCUAUCGCCAACAUGCCACCCCCGCACGACGUACCGUCUCUUCGUUCGUAUCUCGGAGCUGUGAACUACUAUGCAAAGUAUGUUCCCGAAAUGCGUAAGCUGCGCUUCCCAAUGGAUCAACUACUCAAAGCAGGCACAAAGUGGGAAUGGUCAGCAGCGUGUCAACGGUCAUUCAACCAGUUCCGGAAAAUUUUGCAGAGUCCAUUGGCAUUAACACACUACAACCCUAAUAUGGAAAUUAUAGUGUCGGCGGACGCAUCGCAGCAUGGAAUUGGAGGUCGUAUAGCACACAAAUUUCCUGAUGGGACAAUCAAGGCGAUUGCGCACGUGUCUCGCGCAUUAACCAAAGCCGAAUCCAAUUACAGCCAGAUAGAAAAGGAAGCGCUCGCACUGAUUUUCGCCGUUACCCGCUUCCAUCGGAUGGUUUUUGGUCGACAUUUUGUCCUCGAAACGGAUCAUAAACCGUUAUUAUCUGUUUUUGGGUCCAAGAAAGGAAUACCGGUUUAUACGGCGAAUAGACUGCAACGAUGGGCAUUAACUUUGCUUCUAUAUGAUUUCAGCAUCAAGUACGUCAAUACCGAGAGUUUCGGUUAUGCUGAUAUCCUGUCGCGGCUGAUAAACACUCACAUUCGGCCAAACGAGGAAUAUGUCAUCGCUUCAGUUGAGUUGGAGGAUUCUAUGCUCGACAUCAUCAAGCAGUCAAGAGAGGUCCUUCCAGUAACAUUCAAGUCUGUUCAAGCUAAUACAGAUGUAGACGAAAUCCUUAGGCAGGUUAAGCAGCAUGUGCAGACAGGUUGGCCUAUACGGAAGAAUGUCAUCGAAAAUUCCCAAAUCCAACAGUUCUUUGACCGGCGUGAUAGUCUUUCUGUCAUCUCGGGUUGCAUUUUCUACGGUGAACGACUGGUAAUUCCAAGCAAAUUCCGGGACAACGUACUCCAUUCACUGCAUAGAGGACAUCCUGGAAUUGACCGAAUGCGAUCGGUCGCUCGAAAUUAUGUCUACUGGCCAGGUAUCGACGAGGACGUAGCAAAUUUUGUUCGUUCUUGUACAAAUUGUUCCAGAGCAGCUAAGACAAAUAUCAAAACGAAUUUAGAGUCUUGGCCUAUACCUACACACCCGUGGCAACGUGUGCAUGCAGACUUUGCCGGUCCCGUAGAUGGACAAUUUUUCUUGAUAGUUGUAGAUUCGUUCAGCAAGUGGCCAGAGGUUGUACCAUCCAAGCGAAUCACCACUGCAGCUACUUUAGCUAUGUUCAGGGAAAUAUUCGCCAGACAUGGUAUGCCAGAAACAUUAGUAACUGAUAAUGGUACACAAUUUACCAGCGCUGAAUUUGCGGCAUAUUGUGAAACCAAUGGAAUCCUGCACUUGAAAACCCCAGCCUACCAUCCUCAGUCGAAUGGACUCGCAGAACGGUUUGUCGAUACGUUCAAGCGAACCAUGAAGAAGAUUUCAGCGGGGGGAGAGGCCCUCCGUGAGGCGUUAGAUACAUUUCUAUUGUGCUACCGUUCUACCCCAUGUCGCAGUGCACAGGAAGGCAAAUCACCAGCAGAAUUGCUACUAGGCCGAAAGCUGAGAACAUCACUUGAUUUGUUGAAGCCGCCCUCAUCGUACUACAAGCCGAUGAAUGCAAAACAAGAUCUUCAGUUUAAUCGGCGACAUGGUACCAAAGCUUCCAGCUAUGAUGCUAAAAACGACGUUUGGGUCAAAGUGCAUCGAAACAACUCGUGGACCUGGGAACCUGGAACAAUAGUUGAAAGAGUUGGAAAAGUCGUAUACAAUGUGUGGUUAUCGAAACAGCAGAAACUCAUCCGAUCCCAUUGUAACCAGUUACGAAAGCGGUUCGUUGCAGAAGAGACCGAACCAGUAAAGCAGCAGUCGUUCCAGAUACCACUCAGCAUUUUACUGGAUUCUUGGAGCCUCAACCAGCAGACAAAUGAAACCCAGUUUCCAGAAUCACCAAUGCCAGUACAGUCAUCAUCAUCCGAAAAUCAUGUUCUGUGUGAACCUGAACCUAUGGAGGUUCCUCAGCAUACAGCUCCUUUGCCAGAAGCUACUACUCAGCAAAAACUUCCACUUCGCCACUCUUCGAGGACCAGAAGAGCACCCGUGAGGUACGACCCAUAUCAUCUCUAA